AAAAAAAUAAAAUAAAAUAAAAGCAACCGAAACGCGCUCCAUUGAGGUGCCACUCUCUUAAUCUGUUCAGAACAAAAACACUACUUUCUCAGAGAGUCAGAUCAAGUUUCUGUAACUGACGAAUACCCGAUUUCAAAAACAAAAACAAAAACCUAGGUUUCAACUUCAGUUCAAUUUCACUCUGCCUAUUGAUUCUUUGUGAGAUACGCUUCCGGAUGCACUUAUGGAGAACAAGAUACUGCCACCUCCUUCAGGCACUGGUAUAAAUUUUCUGGAUAAGUCAUCAAGAAAGAGGAAGCUAAUAGCUGCUGAUGAAUGGGGAACUGUUUCUGAUAUUGAUUUGGAGCAUGGUUUUUCAAAAAAAGCCAACCUACUUCAUAAAACAAAUUCACUUUCUGGUCAAAGAAACCCACAUGGAUUGCUUUUAGAUUCUAAAUCUGAGGCUGUUUCUUCUGGACAUCAAACUGUGAAAGAUCAAUAUCACUCUUGGAAUAGCAUUCUUCCAACUUUGCAAAGUAAUAAAAGGAACCCCUAUGGAACUGAAGCUCAGAAAAUAAACAGUUUUUCUACAAGUACACUUUCCAAGUCUUUCCAUUAUGUAGGAUCCUUGCCUCUGAAUAAGAUGCCAGAUGGCAAGACCAUCCCUGUGUCAAAUGGGCCUUCCCAGACGUAUAAUUUGUUCAGUCAAGAAGAGACGCUUUUAUUGCCACGUAUUCUGGAAUUCAGUGGUAAACAAGUAGGACAAACCCAAGUUGGUCCUAGUGUGCAAGAUAUAAUGAGCUUUGGUUGCAAAUAUGAUGUUGCUGAUAAUCAGUCAACGGAAGUGCAAAAUUCAUCUUCUGAAAGUUUGAGACCAUCAAACCUUUUGCACCAGAGUUUCCAUGAUGAGCGCUCUGUAGAUUUGGAAGGAAAAACAUGUAUACUAGAAACCAGGAACUAUAAAACUUAUUCUGCUUUGAAACAAAAUGAUCCGAAACUUGACACUGCUGAAUCUUCUGUUGCAACAGUCUCUUCUGGGUUUUGUGCUCAAGGGGAGCACGCUGAAAAUGAUAGAUCAUUGCAAUACAAAACACCAGUUCACAUUGAUACCCUAGGUUGUGUAAGUAAUAAUUCAAGAGAAGAUGAUCAAAGUCACAGAGAUGGCAGUAUCCAAAUGAAGAAGGAAACAAAAAUAUCACGUUCUAAUAGUUCCUUGGUGGAGAAGAUUUCACUGAACACCGGUGGUAAUCCUAACGAUGUUGUUCUAAGGAAUGAUUUGAGAAGUGACAAUAGCCAUUCUUCUUCUAAAUUGUCAAAUGAAAAAAACAUAUUGCUUGCUGGAAAGUUAGCUUCAACAAUUGCUGGGAAGUUCUGGGAUGGGUCUCUUCAGCUAAAUUCUUCUGUAUCUGUGUCUGCUGUUGCCUUCUUUAAAAGUGGUGAGAAGAUGCUUGAUAUCAAUUGGCCUGAAACUAUAGAAGUCAAAGGAAAAGUCAGAUUAGACAUUUUUGAAAGAUAUAUAAAAGAUCUCUCUCGUUCACGCAAUCGAGGGUUAAUGGUAAUCUCACUUUGCUGGAAAGAAGGCUCUUCAAAAUCUGGACUGGUAGGCAUGAAAAAGGUUGCAAAAGGCUACAAAGAUGGGAAGAGGGUUGGGUUCGUGAAAUUAUCACCAGGUAUUGAUCUUUAUGUUUACCCUCAUAGUGACAGCAUAAUCACAAUACUUGCAAAGCAUGGUUUCUUCAAGGGCAUGGCUGCUGUUGUAGACAACCAAGACUCUUUGAUUGGUUGUGUUGUAUGGCGAAGAAAUAUAGCAUCUGCUAAUUCUGCUGCAAAGAAAUCUGACGGAAAGAUUUGUUCCUCAUCAGGACACCUUCUCAACUCUUCAUCAAACUCUUCUAGGAAAAUAUCCAUAAGAAAAGAUUUGUGUUGUAAACAAUCAACUCAGGAUCCCAUUCCAGUUGCAUCAGAAACUAAGAGCACCACUCAUGAGAGUGCAGGAAACUGUGGAAAUGGAGGCAAACAUCAAAAGACAAGUGAAGUUGAACUUGAAUUGCAUAAUUCUUCUGCCAGUGCUAAUCUGUCUCUGACACCUUCAGUUCUGAAUCCUGAAUCAUUUUUGCAAUCCAAAGGUUCUAAGGAAUCUGCCUCUCUCCAGAGCUCAGUGGCACAGCCUGAAGUUGAAACACCACUUAUACAACACAAGUCAAGCAUAGAAGAGAGACCCGAACCAGUUUUGGAACUUCAGAAACCUGUUUUGUCUCUCUCAUCUAAGUUCGCAAUGCAACCUAUACGUACUCUUGACAAUGAUGACCUUCCUGAAUUUGACUUUAGAACUGAAUGUGGCAUAUCUCAUCCAAUGAGCAAACCUUUGGAUUCUGUGACUGUUGAGAAGAAACUUCCAGCUGAAGGAUUAAGGAAAAUGGAUUGGUCGUUGCAGCCGGCCAUGUCAAUGGUAAAGUCACUAUCAGCUUUCAAACAACCAAGAUUGGAAAUUUUCAAUCUUCCUAGGCUUCCACUGGAUGCCAUUCAGAGAAUGCCUCUGCUGAAGGAAGUUUCUGUAAAUGGAGAAAAACAAAACACUCAAAGCAGAUGUAUUAUGCAACCAGUUAGUGCAACUGCAUCAAAGAAUCUUUUCAAUGAUGAUGACGACGACGACGACGACAUGCCUGAAUGGUGCCCACCAAAUGUGGAGCUUCACAAACGAUCAGUAGCACCAAAUGCAGAGCUUCGCAAACGAUCAGUACCACAGCCCACAACUUUGGUCCACUCAGAAGUACCUAACUCAGCAUUUCAAAGUUCCUCUGCAAGCUAUCCAAGUCGGGUUGAGCUUCGCAAACAAUCAGUACCACAGCCCACGACUUUGGUCCACUCAGAAGUUCCUAACUUAGCAUUUCAAAGUUCUUCUGCAAGCUAUCCAAGUCGGGUUGAUUAUCCUACUUUUACCCAACCAUUCCCUCAAGCAUUCCCUCGAGGUAAUCAUUGCUCCAUAAACAUUACUAUGAAACUGAUGCAGCCAAGAUCCACUGAAACGUUUGUACCAAGGGGCUUCAAUGCAAAUCCUGCUUUGAGGCCACCUCCCAACGUAUUUUCUGUCUAUCAUCCCGUCCACCCAACAGGAUGGAGAGGUUGGAGGCCAUGA